CCCCCAGCCCCAAUCCCCGAACCCACCCAACUAACCGGUCAUUUUUUUCUCAUUCAUUCAUUAAAGGAAGGAAACUGACCGGCCAUGGAGCUGUCGAUGAGCGGCGGCGCACUGCGGACUUUCUCCCGGUGCGUCACCUGCCUCGCCCGCAUCGGCUCCGACCUCGUCUUCCAGGCCUACCCCGACAAGCUGGAGCUGCACACGCUCAACAGCUCGCGGUCGGCGUUCGCGUCCGUCUCCCUCACGCGCGACUUCUUCGACCACUUCCACCUCCCCGCCGACCUACACGCCGCGCCCUCCUCCACGCCGCUCCAGUGCAGCGUCCUCCUCAAGUCCGUCCUCGCUGUGCUCCGCACGCCGACCUCCGCGAUCGACCGCCUCAACGCUUCGCUCCCAAACCCCCAAGCGUCCAAGCUCGAGUUCGUCAUCCACUGCCUCAGCGGGCGUAAGAAGACGCACCGGAUCUCGUGCAGCGCCGAGUCCGAUGUGCAGACUCUGGCGCUCGACCGCAACCGCUUCCCCAGCCGCCUCGCCAUACGGCCACGGGACCUCACGCGCCUGCUCUCCAAUUUCCAGUCCUCGCUGCAGGAGCUCACCGUUAUUGCCACCGAGCCUGCUGCAGUGUUGCCUGGCGUCGAUGAUGGCACUGAGGGGAAGGCAGUCGAGCUCCUAAGCUACAUUGACCCCACCAAAGAUGACUACGACAGUAGGCUGCACACACAACUGUGGAUCAAUCCAGCAGAGGAGUUCUUGGAGUAUGAGCAUGCUGGUGAUCCCGUGGAUGUCACAUUUGGGGUCAAAGAAUUGAAGGCAUUUUUAACAUUUUGUGAAGGAUGUGAGGUUGAUAUUCUCCUAUUCUAUGAGAAGGCUGGCGCACCUGUCCUGUUGGCUCCAAGAUUUGGAUACGAUGAUGGAUCAAGUUCUAAUUUCGAUGUAACUCUAGUUCUAGCCACUAUGCUUGUAUCACAACUAAAUGAUGGGAGUGUUCCUCAGCAGCCAGCCACGUCAGCACAUCAUGCAGAAGAACCAAGGGCCGCUGCUGCUGCACCAUCACCAGUUCCACAAAAUGUCUCAAACCAUACAAGAAUAUGGUCAGAGCUUUCAGGUGUUACUCCCAAAAGCUUUGAAGCUAACGCAGAAAAUUGUGCCCAGAAGGAGAGAAAUGGAAUAGCUAACGUACUGAAUGACACAUCAGUGCUUCCCAAUACCAAUGCUCCCUGCAAGCUACCAGUGACAGAUAACGCAAACCAUAUGGAGCAGCCUGUGCAAAUGGAUCACUUUGAAGAACCUCCUGAAGUUGUGGUUGAUAACCCUCGUUCGCAGCAUCACCCAAGCAACUGGGUAGGUGCUGACGAAGACAAUGAUGAUGAAGAAGAUGAGGAGCUUUUUGUCCAAACAACACCUCACUACAUGGACUAAGGAAGGACCGAUGCCGAUUCUGAAUUUUGCAGGUACAUUCCAGCCAGCUGCAUACUGGAUGAGCUAGAAAUUAGUCGAAGUGCCUUUCAAUUGCUCUUAGUUCGUGUAGGCCUGAAGCUAACAAUACAAGAACAUUGUUUCCCAGCACCUAAUUUGUAUUCAGGUGUGGCUAUUUCAUUGUUGCAUAAUAUAGAGAACAUUAAUGCGACUUGUUUACAUUGCAUAUAUGGCCUUCGCUAUUAUUUUUUCUUUGCAAGAGAAAGAACUUGUAUUUGCAUCAAUAUGAGCAACAUGAUCUCUGUUUUAUUUCCUGUA